AAUAAUGUUUGUUUGAAAUAUUAGAUCUCUGUACAAGUUAUGCAAGACAUUGUAGAAGAAAAUUAUGGAACAAGACAUAGCCUAUACUUUACAAAAUCUUGGAGGCUACAAGGUCUUUUAUUACUCUAUAAAUAAACAUGCAUCAUAUGAUACUGCAUUGUGCUUCCUCAAAUCAAUGCGCAUGUUUGUUCUUCCACACAGAGAAACAGGAAGCAGACUGAUAGUAAACAUGGGAACAGUUAGCUCAGUGCCAGUCGGUGAAGUGAAGGAGCUUGCUGUGCAGUUGGAGUGACUCGCGGUCCAGACUGCUGUCAUGAAAAGUGAAGAGGGGAUGAAUGAGGAGCCGCACGGUCACCUGUGAGAAGUGGUUGUGAUCCAGCAGGUCUGCGUUGGCCCUUGGCCCAGUUCUAAUGGUCCAACUGGGUCCUGGGCUGGGGUCAAUGAUGGCGGACCAUCUGCCUCCCGUUCUGCUGGAAGCCUGUGUUGUGGUAGGAGCAUCUAGUGACAAACUCAGGGAGGUCUACCAGGCCAUGAACAAUACUGAAACUCCAGAGCACCUCCUGUUGGAGCCCGAGGUACUGCACGUCCUGGUGCCUCCCUUUGUUAGUAGACCGCUAGCUGAGAGUGAAGCAGUGAGGUCACAAGGAAAGAGGCGGUGCUCCUUUCUCAGGAAGAAGAGGGAACAAUUAACUCCUUCAGCUGAAGCAACGCCCAGCCAAGGUGGAGGAGCAGACGGAAGAGGAGGAAGUGAAGAUGUCACUGUUCCUAAAGAUAUCGACCUUAUGGCUUUACCUCAGCUUUGCUUCCCGGGGGGGCUCCAAGUAACCAAUAAACAGGAGGAUGAACAAUUCCACUUCCUGGUUUUCACUGAUGUCUUUGGCAACAAGACCCAUGGAGUAGUGAUGCAAUGUUACCGACCGAUACUGGAAGGGUCCUUUAAGUUUUCGAAACUUUUCUCUGCCUACAGUUUUUGUGUCAUAUCCAAGUAUCCUUACUUCACUGCACUCAGAGACUGCCUGUCAUGUCUGUUAAUCCAGCUAAGAACUUGUCAUUUAUCAGACAUGGAGGAGAAAGUAAGGGAGUUUGCAGCCAGACUGGCACUGGUGCCUAUCCCCCCUCCUGGACAACUACAUUUGAUGUUUACCUUACAUCCUCUGACCAUUGUAUUACCGUCCAGAGAAGACAAAGACCACCCAGCUAUAGAUUUAGACCUCCACCUGCCUUUCUUCUGCUUCAGGCCACAGCAACUCCUGAAGGUGCUAUCUUGUCUCCUGCAGGAACAGCGAGUGGUGUUAUUUUCUGCUGAUUGGGCCAGACUCACACUGGUGGCUGAGAGCUUAUUGCUUUUUCUACAGCCUCUAAAAUGGCAACAUCCAUAUGUUCCUGUCCUCGCUGGAGGCAUGCUGGACUUUCUCAUGGCUCCUACUGCCUUCCUCAUGGGCUGCCAUAUCAGCCAUUUUGAAGAGGUUGCUGCUGAAACCGAUGAUCUGAUCCUCAUCAACAUUGACAAUGGAAGUGUCUCCAGUUCUUGUUCUGAGACUGUUGACCUACCAGAGAUCCCCCCGGCUGUUGCACACUGCUUCACACAAAGGUGUCUGUCCCUACAGAUACAUUUUGACCUGCAUCAGUGUCACCGUGCAAGCUGCACUGACAUCAGUGAGCAGCGGGCACAGAGAAGAGCGUGGCAACGCAACCUCAACCACGACAUUCAGCGGAUCACACUGGAAGUGAUUGUCAACACAUUCAGGGAUGUUAGCAGUCAUCUGAACUAUGAACAUCGGGUGUUUAACAGUGAAGAGUUCCUGAAAACCAGAGAGCCAGCUGAACAGCUUUUUUACAAGAAGGUGUUGGAGACGCACAUCUUCCAUUCCUUCCUCAAGGAUCGUCUCAACAGGAAAAUGGACAGUUUCUCUCGAAUGGAACUCAGCACUCGUUCAGAAAUGCAGAAGAUGAAGGCUAUGGUUGAAGUCCCACGCAGACUCACCAUGCAGGAGAUUCAAUCCCAGAGAAAGAGCUCUGUUAUAGAGAACAGGCUGAAUAAGAGACUGGGGAUGAGCCUCCCUAACCUCGGGGAUGACCAAACUGUCAGCUUCCAAAGAAACACCCUGCUGAACAGAAUCAUGAUAUCUGACGCCGCGCUGAAAGCUCCUCUGAAGCCAGUAAAGGUGUUCAAACUCCCAGAUUUCCCUGCUUCUCUGUCCUCACACUCUGUCCAAAGUUAUUACAGUGAGCUGAUCCAGCAGCUUGGCAUGGCCAUCUUCUCUGUCCAAAAUGAGAACCCUACUCUGCUGGCCAGAUUCUACUAUUUGCGUGGUUUCAUCAACACAUUGUGUUUUCGGCGGCUGGAUGCUCUGGGUGAUUUCCAGAACCUCUACAGGACGGACACCGCCAUCUUCCCCACACAGCUGGUCACAUGGCUCAUGGACUCACUGCACCGAGAUGAGAGGCAGCAAGCUGACAGACGACCUGAGCUCAAUAGACUCAUCCUCAAGGUGAGGACAGAUAAUGAGAAGCCACUGGUGCAGCCUGAUGACCAUGUCAAGAAGUUUGAGCUUCCCCGAAAGCAACUGCCUCAGGACGAGUUUGUGCGUUGCGUCCAGGAGUGCGGGAUUGUUAAGGAUGUAGCAACCAUACACCGUUUAUUUGAUGCUCUCACCGACAGCCAGCUAAAGCAGGUGGACCCUGAACUCUUCAGAGUAUUCUACACCUUAUGGAAGGACACAGAGGCCGAGGCACAAGACAUCAACUUGCCCUCCGGGGUCAUAGGCCAUCUUGACAACAGCGAGUUUGUCUACAAGUUGUCGUCGUGUGUCAAGACCUCCCAUGGCGUCGGUAAAAUUGCCAUGACGCAGAAGCGUCUGUUCUUACUUACAGAGGGACGACCGGGCUUCCUGGAAAUCACAAAGUUCAGAGACAUACAGGGGGUGAAGAUUGCCUCAGCUCCCUUUCUGCUCGUUCGUAUUCCUUCCCUUCGUAUCCAGACCUCCAGCAGGCCUGAGGUGUUUGAGGCCAACCUGAAGACAGAGACUGAACUCUGGAACCUUGUGGUGAAAGAGAUGUGGGCCGGACGCAAGAUGGCUGACCAGCACAAGGACCCUCAGUACAUGACUCAGGCUCUGACUAAUGUCCUGUUGAUGGACACUGUCAUGGGCUGCCUGCAGACCCCGAAGUCCAUCACUGCUGCCUCAAAACUGGCCUACUUUGACAAGAUCAAACAUGAAGUGCCCAUGAUGAUGCCUAAAACUACCUCAGAGACUCUAAAACACAAGAUCAACCCAUCACUGGAUCUGGCUGAACCUCAGACUGUACAUGUGCUGCUAUACACACCAGGUCAAUUGACUUGCAAUGACCUACAGGGUGAGGUGAACCCGAAACUGUGGGUGGCUCUCAGUGGGGGAAAAGUGGUUGUGUUUGAUGCAGCUAGCUGGUCCAUGCUGCAGGACUGCAUCCAGGUCGGACAGUCGCAGCUGAACUGCAUGCUGGGAUUGGUCCAGCAGCAGGUGUGGAUUGGCUCUCAGGACUCCGUAAUCUACAUCAUUGACACUCAAAGCAUGUCCUGCAACAAACAGCUGACUGAACACAGACAUGAAGUUACUGGACUCACAGUGGACACAAGGGAUAAGCACAACAGUCAGCAGACAUUCUCCUGCAGCUGUGACGGGAUGAUUCUGCAGUGGGACUCUGCCGGUCUCAAAGUGAAGCGACAGUUCCACCUCACCUGUGACCGUCUGUCCUCCAUACAGAUCCAUGAUGGCACACUGUGGUGCUGUUGUGGUGACAGCAUUGUGGAACUGAAGAAGAACGGGACCCCACAAAGAAGGAUGGAGCUUCCUGAUGAUCUACGGAGUAGGCCCAGUAGCUUCAGCAGCUUUGUCGUCAUCCCAGAGCGAGGUCAGUUGUGGACGAGCUGUGCAGACUCAGGGGAGCUGUAUCUCUGGCACACUAAUAACCAUAGAUGUCCAUUCAAGAGAAUCUCCCUGCCAGGCAGUUCAGGAGUCACCUGUAUGAUUCAAGUCAAGGACCAGAUCUGGGUGGGCUGUUCUGGUCGGAGCUGUGUUGGAGGCCAGUGUGACGUUCAGCUCAGAAGUCAGUUGUUGGUGAUGGACCCAGAGAGCCACACUGUGGCAAAGGAGCUGCAGGCUCAUUCAGACAGCAUCCAGACGCUCUGCUCGGCUGAGGAUCGCUACGUCCUGAGUGGCUCUGCACGCCGCGAUGGCAAGAUUGCCAUCUGGAAAGUCGAGUAGGGAACAGAAAACAGAGAGAGAGCACAAGUAAAGCAAAAGAGGCACUUGCGAGGACAUACACAGAACAUGACAAGUGUUUGCCUUUGGGUAUUUGACUAUGACAAGAUGAUUUUUUCAGUUGGUUGACCUAACAUAUUUCCAUGACAAUUAAGUUUUUCUAUUGGUACUUUAAAUCCCAAAAUUUUAAAAGCAGUCC